GGGAGUCCCUCCUCCCCUCCCACCCACCUUCUCCCCGUGAUGGCGGAGGACAGCGAGUCUGCCGCCAGUCAGCAAAGCCUCGAGCUGGACGAUCAGGACACCUGCGGCAUCGACGGCGACAAUGAGGAGGAGACGGAGCACUCCAAAGGGAGUCCAGGAGGAGACUUGGGAGCUAAAAAGAAGAAAAAGAAGCAGAAACGAAAAAAGGAGAAAACAAAUUCUGGAGGUACCAAAUCAGACUCUGCUUCGGACUCCCAGGAGAUUAAAAAUCAACAACCUUCAAAAAAUCCAGCCAUUCCAAUGCAGAAGCUGCAAGACAUUCAAAGAGCUAUGGAGUUGCUCUCAGCCUGUCAGGGCCCAGCCAAGAAUAUUGAUGAAGCGACCAAACGUAAAUACCAGUUUUGGGACACACAGCCUGUACCCAAGCUUAGUGAAGUUAUAACAUCGCAUGGUGCUAUUGAACCAGAUAAGGAUAACAUACGCAUAGAGCCAUAUUCUUUACCGCAGGGUUUUACUUGGGACACGUUGGAUCUGAGCAAUGCUGAAAUUUUAAAGGAGUUGUACAUGCUGCUAAAUGAAAAUUAUGUUGAAGAUGAUGAUAACAUGUUUAGAUUUGACUAUUCACCAGAAUUCCUUUUGUGGGCUCUUAGACCGCCAGGUUGGCUUCCGCAGUGGCACUGUGGCGUCAGGGUAUCGUCCAAUAGGAAACUGGUGGGGUUCAUCAGUGCCAUUCCGGCACACAUUCGGAUUUAUGAUAGUGAGAAAAAAAUGGUAGAAAUUAACUUUCUGUGUGUCCAUAAAAAACUACGAUCAAAGCGAGUAGCCCCAGUCCUGAUCCGUGAAAUAACCAGAAGAGUAAACUUGGAAGGAAUUUUUCAGGCUGUUUACACUGCGGGAGUUGUCCUUCCCAAACCUGUAGCAACUUGCAGAUACUGGCAUCGGUCGCUGAACCCCAGAAAAUUGGUAGAAGUGAAAUUUUCUCACUUGAGCAGAAAUAUGACAUUACAGAGAACAAUGAAGCUCUACAGACUUCCUGAUGCCACAAAAACCUCAGGCUUGAGACCUAUGGAACGAAAAGAUAUCAAAGCAGUGCAAGAGUUGGUUAACAGUUACUUGAAGCAGUUCAAUCUUGCUCCUUUUAUGGACGAAGAAGAAGUGGCUCACUGGUUCCUGCCUCAGGAUCAUAUUAUUGACACCUUUGUGGUAGAGAAUUCAAAUGGUGUUUUAACUGACUUUCUGAGUUUCUAUACAUUACCUUCAACAGUCAUGCACCACCCUGCUCAUAAAAGCCUCAAAGCAGCCUAUUCCUUCUAUAAUGUUCAUACAGAAACCCCUCUCUUGGAUCUAAUGAAUGAUGCACUCAUUAUAGCAAAGAUGAAAGGAUUCGAUGUGUUUAAUGCACUGGACUUGAUGGAAAACAAAACAUUCCUGGAAAAACUGAAAUUUGGUAUUGGUGAUGGCAAUCUGCAGUAUUAUUUGUAUAACUGGAGAUGUCCUGGCAUGGAUUCUGAAAAGGUUGGUCUUGUAUUACAAUAAGGUGAAAGGACACUUAUAUUUAUAAUUCUUGGAAGUCAUCAUCUGAGCUGUUGGAUGCUCUUGGAUCCGUACAGUUCAAGAGGAGCCAAAGCACAAUGCCUGAUGAACUUAAAUCUAUCAGUCAAACCUUAGGGGAGGGAGGGCUACAAGAAGAAGUGAAGAUUUCUGAGCUCAACUAGCCCUUCAACUCUGAAUAGGAACAAAAACGCUUAUGAACCUUUUACUGUUUGUCAAUGAAAAAGAAAUAAAGCACAUUUGUUUAAUUUUAAAUGCUUAGCUCGCAUCUUGAUGCAAAGGGUACUUUUCUCUGUUUCCCUGCAUAAAAAUAAUUAAAAAAAGACUUUUUGUACAAUAAUGAAGUUGCAGUGGUGGAAUAGAGUACAAAUACUUUACUGUAAUGUGACUGAACUGCUGCAUUUCUAUUUAUUAAGUAGUGGUGUAUGUUUAUCAAUGUAACGAAAUGAAGGAGCCAAUUUUGAGUAUUUCUGCUUAUUUUCAUGACGUGGAUGUCAUCAUCGUCAAGAGAAAAGCUUUGGGAAUAUGACUGGUAGGAAAACAUGCAGAUUUGGGAUAUCUUUUGUAAUGUGGAGUGGAACAGACAUAUGCUGGUUGGAAUAGUACAUGUUUCUCCAUAAACGAUGCUGCCAAAUCAAUAAAAAUACAAAUUUGUAAUUUGAUCUUCAAUAGAUCAGUGACUUGAUUAUAGUACAGCACUGCUGAAUGCACAUGUUGAUAUCCUUCCUGAGCUAUGGUAUUCUUUUCAUCUUACAGUUCUGAAAAAGAAAAUUUUACACUGUUUUUGAUGGUACAAUAACAGCAGCCUGUACAUGAAACUGAGAAUAUAUUAGUACUGUUAUGAAGAUGUGUUAAGAUGAAUGUGUUUUAAGGCUUUUGCAGAAUUGCACAUAUUCCUUUUGUCUACUUGUUUUUUAACUGAAAAAUAUGUUUGUAUAAAUAAGUAAAUUUGUUGCUGGUAGUAGCAAUAUAAUUCUGGUUUGGGGAAGAGGUAGUUUCAUAGUACACAUUUGUAUACAUUUUUGUUUUUUUUGUUGGCAGAAAUAUGUGCCAAAAUGUCUUGGUUCAUAUCUUAUGGUAAAUCUUAAUAUGGUUUUGUUUGGCUUAGUGUGUCAUGCAAAUACAACCUACCAUAAUUUCUUUAACAAACAAUAGUUUAGCAAAAUGCAUGAACCAGGUCAAGAUAUCUGUUUCUUUUUGGAUUAAUAGAGUUCAGUUUAGAAUAUGGUAAAGCGCUGCAUAUGCAACCACAUUUUCAGCAACCGUUUAUAUAUAGAUUUGUCAAACUGUUUUCACACAUCACAGUAAGCCAUUGUUUGUUGGAAAACUAUAGUUAGUUUAUAGACAACAAAAUAUUAGUUUGGUCAAUUUUUGAGGCAUUUUUGUUUCCUUUAUUUUAAGCUCAAUUAUUUGCCCUUCUCCAACUGGCAUUUUCCCAAUGCAUCGGACUACAACUUCUAGAAUCUUCCCGUAAAUAAAAACAGCAGCCUCAUUUGAACAUAGUGCCAAGCCAUAACAUCAUUUGUUUGGUUUUUGACUGCAUGUUUGUCAACCCCCAUAGGAUGCUUGACAUGCUAUUGGAAGUGGCUAUCUAAAUUUUGAUAUUUCUUGAAUAAUUCUUGUUUUUCCACAUUUCAAAAUAGUAUCUUGAUCCCAUCACAUUUUUGAGAGGUGUGGAGGGGGAAUUGUAGAUGUUUAAUAGUGACCUAAACAUCUUUUCAAGGUAGAUUCAUCAAGUACAAAGUUUUUGGAGAAAAAGUGUUAUCAAUAUUUGAUCCUAAUUUGUUAGUAGCCUCGGUAGACAGUAUAACAAGCAGUUUAACCAAAUACUGAAACGAUAUUUGUACAUUUCUAAAUGUGGAAAUUUUCAAAGAGAUUCCAAUAGCCUAGCUUAGAAUGAACAUGAAAUCAUGUGUUUUCGUCACUCCUAAAUCAAAAACUGCUAAUUCGGUUGCUAAAUCUCAAGCUUGUACUCUUUUCCUAUUGUUAGAUAGCUAAUGAGGGAAGGGACUCUUGUACAUGUUUUCCCAAAAGCUGGUGUUGCAUAUAAACCAGGAAUUAAAAUUUGAAAUGUUGCCAGAAACCCCCAAAGCAUUAAUCCUGGAUUUUACAUUAGUAGUUACAAAAUCUGUGCUUAAAAGUAACUUACACUUUGUUAACAAACACAGUUCUAUACUUCCUAUCCUGUUUCUCCCUCAAAUUUUCCUGUUUCUACAACCCGUUCUAUAGCAAUUUAAUGAAGUAAGUUUAUUCUGAACAAUUAUUUUAAUUAUACAAUCAGGACCAAUUUUAGUGCUUGGAUUUAAUAACAUAUUUAUCUGAAUAUGACAAUACUGUGUCCUCCUCUUAGAAAUCUGCUUUUCUGGACCAGUUCACCUCACAAGCUAUUAAUCCAAAAGCCUGAAGUCUCAAAUGCCUCUCUAUCUUUGUUCAGGGAACUGAUCUGAUAAGCUAAAGAAAUUUGUAUUAUUAAAAGCAAAAUGCAUCUAUGCUCAGUUCUGCAUGUCCUACUCAAUGAGAAUCACAACUGUUUUAAGAAAAAAUAUUAAACAGAAAAAGUCUGUGCUCUCAAAUGUGCAGCUGUUUUCAGUUACAGCCUCUUAACAGUUCUUGAAUUUUAUUGGCACCAAUGAAUGUUUCAAUAAAUGUAUCACUUUCAUA